GACUGUCAGGACAGAAGACGCUAUUUUAGUUGGCCACUCACAGAAGGCAAUAGGAGCUAUUAAAUUUGAGACUUGAGUUUAGUUCUUGUUAUUUAAAGUCAGAGUCAUAUCAUAUCAACUUGUUUUCCGCAGAGAUUAAAUAUAAGGAGCAAAAGACAUGUCUGAGGCACCGAGAAAAUCAAAGAUCUCUGCAUCUCGAAGGCUACAUCUUAAGAUCAAGCUGCUGAAAACAGCAGCUGUGAUGUUGGAGAAGACCAAGGAGGAGAGGAUUCAGCAGAAAGAAGUUACUCUCACAGAGAAAGUUCCUCCUCUCCAGCUGUCUGGUUUGUCUGUUCAGGACCUCCAGACUUUGUGCAAAGAGCUGCACCGCAAGAUAGAUGUGGCAGAUGAAGAACGGUACGACAUCGAAGUUAAGGUGGCCAAAAACAUCAAUGAGAUUGAGGAUCUCAAUCGGAAGGUCUUUGAGCUGAAGGGUAAGAUGAAGCGACCUGCUCUGAAGAGAGUAAAGAUCUCUGCUGACGCCAUGCUGGGAGCUCUGCUGGGUUCAAAGGUUAAAGAGAGUGUGGACUUUAAAGUCAACCUCAAGACUGUGAAGAAAGAGGAGGAAAAGAAGGAGGAAGUGACAGACUGGAGGAAGAACGUGGAAGCCAUGUCCGGAAUGGAGGGCAGGAAGAAGCUUUUCGAUGCCAACCCCUAGAUUUGUCUUUGUGGACAUUUUGAUGAUAAAUGCAGUUUUACAGGGUAAGAAAUUAUAGAAGACCUUGAAGGGAUUGUUCUUCCAUAGAAUUAGCAAACACACGAGACAGGAUUCAGCAUGCAUCUGCAGACUUUACAUGCAAUAUUCAAAGUUACUUAGAUUAUUCAAGAAAAAUAAUUGCAUCAAUCCGUAUUUUUUUUUUUUUUUUUGCA